CAAAAGAGAGCAAAGAUCCAAAAGGGUCAAAAGGACCGAGCCUCAAUGCCCGGAUGGCACUCAACACCGUCUUCUCGGCCCUUUCUCCAACUCUUCUCCUUCCUUAAUCUACCCUAGCACCAAUCCCCAUCCCAUCGACGACGCUGCAAGGCCCGAUCUCUAACCACCGAGUGCACCCUCAUCCACGAACUGACCCCGGUCCUCCUCCGAGGCCCUUGAGAGUAGAGUUGAGGUGCGGAACUUGGACGACCAGGGCAACUUCACUAGGAAAGUGGACGACAAGGUUCACUCCGGCUGGACCGCAACACUAACGUCACUUUACCGAGCCUUCCAAAGGGGGAAAUGCCAAGGGUGAGCGAGACAAGAUCGUCGCUCAUCAGUCAAGAUGGACACAAUAUAUAACCUCAAGCAAGUCCUCCUCAGCAACCAUGAUUUCACCACCAGUCUGGUCUCCAACGCAACAGACUACUCGACAAGCCCUCUGACCUACUUCGCCAUGCAUCUCGUCUCUUCGCUCCUCGUCGUGGGCGCCGCCUUCCAGGCCGUGCUCGGUCUGCCGGAUCCUCUGGAGCCUCUGCGUGAGAAGAGGAACAGCGACAUCAUCAAGCGGUCUGCCGACUCCUUUAUCCAGACCGAGACUCCCAUUGCGCUGAACAACCUUCUGUGCAACAUCGGCUCUUCUGGAUGCAGAGUCUCCGGUGCUGCCUCUGGUGCUGUGGUUGCCUCCCCUUCCAAGUCGAGCCCUGACUACUGGUACACCUGGACUCGUGAUGCCGCCCUUGUCUCCAAGCUUGUCGUCGACAGGUUCACCAACGAGUACAACACCACUCUCCAGAACACCAUCCAGGCUUAUGCUGCUGCUCAGGCCAAGCUUCAGGGUGUUAGCAACCCGUCCGGUUCACUCUCCAACGGUGCCGGUCUUGGUGAGCCCAAGUUCAUGGUCGACCUCACGCAGUUCACCGGUGACUGGGGCCGCCCCCAGAGAGAUGGUCCUCCCCUUCGCGCCACCGCCCUCAUCGGCUACGGCAAGUGGCUCGUCAGCAACGGUUAUGCUGAUACCGCCAAGAACAUCAUCUGGCCCAUCGUGAAGAACGACCUUGCCUACACUGCCCAGUACUGGAAUAACACCGGCUUCGAUCUUUGGGAGGAGGUCAACAGCUCUUCCUUCUGGACCAUUGCCGCCUCCCACCGUGCCCUCGUUGCGGGUUCUGCCUUUGCCAAGUCCGUCGGCAGCUCUUGCAGCGCGUGCGAUGCUGUUGCUCCCCAGGUCCUGUGCUUCCAGCAGAGCUUCUGGUCCAACAGCGGCUACAUCAUCUCCAACCUCGUCAACUACCGCAGCGGCAAGGACAUCAACUCCGUCUUGACUUCUAUCCACAGCUUCGACCCCGCUGCCGGUUGCGAUGUCAACACCUUCCAGCCCUGCAGCGACCGUGCUCUUGCCAACCACAAGGUCGUCGUUGACUCCAUGCGCUUCUGGGGUGUUAACUCUGGCCGCACUGCCGGUAAGGCCGCCGCUGUCGGUCGCUACCCCGAGGACGUCUACUACAACGGCAACCCCUGGUACCUCGCCACUCUCGCCGCCGCCGAGCAGCUGUACGACGCCCUCUACGUCUGGAAGAAGCAGGGUUCCAUCACCGUCACCUCCACCUCCCUCGCCUUCUUCAAGGACCUCGUCUCCUCCGUCAGCACCGGCACCUACUCCAGCUCCUCCUCCACCUACACCUCCAUCAUCAACGCCGUCACCACCUACGCCGACGGCUUCAUCGACGUCGUUGCCCAGUACACUCCCUCCGACGGCUCCCUGACCGAGCAGUUCGACAAGGACAACGGCACCGCCAUCAGCGCCACCCACCUCACCUGGUCCUACGCCGCCUUCCUUUCCGCCGCCGCCCGCCGCGCCGGCAUCGUCUCUUCCUCGUGGGGCGCCGCGUCCGCCAACUCUCUGCCCGGCUCCUGCGCCGCCUCUACCGUCGCCGGCACCUACGCCACCGCGACCGCCACCUCCUUCCCCGCCAACCUCACGCCCGCCAGCACCACCGUUACCCCUCCCGCACAGACCGGCUGCGCUUCUGAUCAUGAGGUUUUGGUUACCUUCAACGAGAAGGUCACCACCAGCCCCGGCCAGACCGUCAAGCUCGUCGGCAGCAUCGCUGCCCUCGGCAACUGGGCCCCCGCUAGCGGCGUCGCCCUGUCGGCUAGCCAGUACACCUCCAGCAACCCGACUUGGUACACCACCAUUGCGCUGCCCCAGGGUACCUCGUUCACGUACAAGUAUGUGGUUGUUAACUCGGAUGGGAGCGUGAAGUGGGAGAGCGAUCCGAACCGCAGCUAUGUGGUUGCGAGUAACUGCGUGGCGACGGCGACUAUUAAUGAUACUUGGAGGUAAAUUGUUUGCCUUGGCAAGGUCAUGAAUGUAAAGAAAAUGAGGAAGGAAAUGGGAAUGGGAAUGAGUGAUGAGCGAAAUGUAGAAUGAAGAACCUGGUAUCAGUAGUCAAGGAGAAACAGAGGGAUUAGGAAAGGGAGACAGAGAGUGCAGUGGGAUAUCAACCACGGAGGAAGAAAGGAAAGAAGGU